AUGACCCCCAGGUCGGGGGUACCUCUGACCCCUGCUGCUCCACAGGUAGCGGUACCUCUGACCCCCGCUGCUCAACAGGUAGCGGUACCUCUGACCCCCGCUGCUCCACAGGUAGGGGUACCUCUGACCCCUGCUGCUCCACAGGUAGGGGUACCUCUGACCCCCGCUGCUCCACAAGUCGGGGUACCUCUGACCCCCGCUGCUCCACAGGUCGGGGUACCUCUGACCCCCGCUGCUCCACAGGUCGGGGGUACCUCUGACCCCCGCUGCUCCACAGGUCGGGGUACCUCUGACCCCCGCUGCUCCACAGGUCGGGGUACCUCUGACCCCCGCUGCUCCACAGGUAGGGGUACCUCUGACCCCCGCUGCUCCACAGGUCGGGGUACCUCUAACCCCCGCUGCUCCACAGCUUGUGACCAGCUCUCCCUGGGAGUGGCAGCCAUCUUUGGCCCCUCCCACAGCUCGUCGGCCAACGCAGUCCAGUCCAUUUGUAAUGCCCUGGGGGUGCCCCACAUCCAGACCAAGUGGAAGCACCAGGUAUCAGACAACAGGGACUCUUACUACAUCAGCCUCUACCCAGACUUCCAGUCCCUCAGCCGGGCCAUCCUGGACCUGGUGCACUUCUUCAAAUGGAGGACGGUCACUGUGGUCUAUGAUGACAGCACAGGUCUUAUUCGGUUGCAGGAGCUGAUCAAGGCGCCAUCCCGAUACAACAUUCGUUUGAAGAUCCGACAGUUGCCGGCGGAGACCAAGGAUGCCAAGCCACUUCUGAAAGAGAUGAAGAAAGCAAAGGAGUUCCACGUGAUCUUUGACUGCGGCCAUGAAAUGGCUGCCUGGAUCCUGAAACAGGCUCUAGCCAUGGGAAUGAUGACCGAGUACUACCACUACAUCUUCACCACCCUGGACCUUUUCGCCCUGGAUAUGGAGCCGUAUCGGUACAGCGGAGUCAACAUGACGGGUUUCCGGAUCCUAAACACGGAAAACUCUCAGGUGUCGUCGAUCAUCGAGAAAUGGUCCAUGGAACGCCUACAAGCCCCGCCCAAACCGGACUCGGGCCUACUGGAAGGAUUCAUGACGACGGACGCAGCGCUGAUGUUCGACGCGGUGCACGUUGUGGCCGUGGCGGUGCAGCAGUCGCAGCAGAUCACCGUCAGCUCGCUGCAGUGCAACCGCCACAAACCCUGGCGCUUCGGUGCGCGCUUCAUCAGCCUCAUCAAAGAGGCCCAUUGGGAUGGCUUGACUGGACGCAUCCUCUUCAACAGAACCAACGGACUGAGGACAGACUUCGACCUGGACGUGAUCAGUCUUAAGGAGGACGGACUGGAAAAGAAAGAACAGAGACAGCAAUCACAGACACACGCAGAUAUGGCGUUAUGCAACACUCUCCUGUCUGAAGAGAACUUCCUGUGCUCUAUCUGUCUGGACGUGUUCACUGAGCCAGUGACCAUUUCAUGUGGACACAACUUCUGCAUGGCCUGCAUCAGAAAGUACUGGGACAGUGAUGACCUGUGCCAAUGUCCAAUCUGUAGAAAGAAAUUCGACAGGAGACCUGAUAUUUGCAUCAAUGCUUUCAUUUCUGAGAUGGCUGCUCAGUUCAGGAAGUCAGUUCAACUGAGAGCUAGCCGCAGCCCAGACCAAAACUUUGCCGAGCUUGGGAGAGUGGCCUGUGACGUGUGCACUGGGACGAAGCUGAAGGCUCUGAAGUCAUGCCUGGUCUGUCUGACUUCAUACUGUGAGACUCACCUGCAGAUAGCCCCAGCCCUGAAGAGACAUGAGCUGAUUGACCCAGUAAAGAGGCUGGAAGACAGGAUGUGUAAGGAGCAUAACAAACCUCUGGACCUGUUCUGUAGGACUGAUCAGAUGUGUGUUUGUGUCCAGUGCAAGAAAACAGACCACAAGACUCACUACACUGUCCCUCUAGAGGAAGAGUAUGGAAAAAAGAAGGCUCAGCUGGGGCAGACAGAGGCAGAAGUGCAGCAGAUGAUCCACGAGCGACUGCAGAAGGUUCAGGAAAUGAAACACUCAGUAGAGAUCAGCAAGAGAGAAGCAAAGAGAGAGAUAGCAGACAGCGUGCAGGUCUUCACUGCUCUGGUGCGCUCCAUUGAGAGAAGCCAGGUUGAGCUCAUUGAGGUAGUUGAGGAGAAGCAGAAAGCAACCGAGAGGCGGGCUGAAGGACUCAUUAUAGAUCUGGAGCAGGAAAUCACUGAUCUACGUAGGAGACGCAGUGAGCUGAAGCAGCUGUCACACACUGAGGACCACCUCCACCUCCUUCAGAGCUCCCCAUCCCUCUGCAGCCUUCCACCUAACAAGGACUGGUCUGAGAUCAGUGUUCACCACAGUCUGAGUGUGGAGACAGUGAGGAGAGCUAUGUCUCAGCUGCAUGAGACAAUCAGGAGUGAAGUGAAGAAGUUGUGUGAUGCUGAGCUGAAGUGGAUGCAGCAGUGGUCAGUGGAUGUCACUCUGGACCCUGAUACAGCCCACCCCUCUCUCAUCCUCUCUGAGGACAGGAAACAAGUCAGAUAUGGAAUUAGAGAACAGAAUCUCCCUGACAACCCAAAGAGGUUUUCAAAGGGUGCCAGUGUCCUGGGAAAAGAUGGCUUCUCUGGGAGAUUAUACUAUGAGGUGCAAGUCAAGGAGAAGACUAAAUGGGAUUUAGGAGUGGCCAAAGAGUCCAUCAACAGGAAGAAUGACAUUUUCCUGGGUCCUGAGAAUGGCUACUGGACCAUAUGGCUGAGGAACGCAAAUGAAUAUGCAGCUAAUGAUGACCCAGCUGUCAACUUCCUCCUGAGAGAGAAGCCCCAGAAGGUGGGGGUGUUUGUGGAUUAUGAGGAGGGUCAGGUGGAGCCCUACGUGAUGUUCAAGAAGUCAGACAAGCCGCUGUACGGCAACGACCGCUUCGAAGGCUACUGCAUCGACCUUCUCCGCGAGCUCUCAGCGAUCCUGGGCUUCCGCUAUGAGGUGCGCCUGGUGGAGGACGGGAAGUACGGGGCGCUGGAGGAGAGCACGGGCCAGUGGAACGGCAUGGUCAGGGAGCUCAUGGACCAUAAAGCAGACCUAGCGGUGGCUCCGUUGGCCAUCACCUACGUGAGGGAGAAGGUCAUCGACUUCUCCAAGCCCUUCAUGACCCUGGGGAUAAGUAUCCUCUACCGCAAGCCCAACGGAACCAACCCGGGCGUCUUCUCCUUCCUCAACCCCCUCUCACCCGAUAUCUGGAUGUAUAUUCUGCUGGCUUACUUGGGUGUCAGUUGUGUGCUGUUUGUCAUAGCCAGGUUCAGCCCGUACGAGUGGUACAACCCGCAUCCGUGCAACCCAGACUCGGACGUGGUGGAAAACAAUUUUACACUGCUCAAUAGUUUCUGGUUCGGCGUCGGGGCUCUCAUGCAGCAAGGCUCAGAGCUCAUGCCCAAGGCCCUGUCCACCAGGAUUGUCGGAGGCAUCUGGUGGUUCUUCACCCUGAUCAUCAUCUCCUCCUACACGGCCAACCUGGCUGCCUUCCUCACCGUGGAGCGCAUGGAGUCGCCCAUCGACUCAGCCGACGACCUGGCCAAACAGACCAAGAUCCUGUACGGAGUGGUGGAGGACGGAUCAACCAUGACCUUCUUUAAGAAGACUAAGAUCUCCACCUACGAUAAGAUGUGGGAGUUCAUGAACAGCCGGCGAUCGUCAGUGAUGGUGAAAGACAUAGACGCAGGAAUCCAGCGCGUGCUCACCUCAGACUACGCCUUCCUCAUGGAGUCCACCACCAUCGAGUUCGUCACCCAGCGCAACUGCAACCUCACCCAGAUAGGAGGCCUCAUGGACUCCAAGGCCUACGGAGUGGGGACACCCAUGGGCUCUCCGUACCGGGACAAGAUCACCAUAGCAAUCCUGCAGCUGCAAGAAGAAGGGAAGUUGCACAUGAUGAAGGAGAAGUGGUGGAGGGGGAACGGUUGUCCGGAGGAUGAGAAAAAUAAGGAGGCUAGCGCUCUGGGGGUGCAGAACAUCGGGGGUAUCUUCAUCGUGCUGGCUGCAGGGCUGGUGCUGUCUGUGUUUGUGGCCGUCGGAGAGGUCCUGUACAAGUCCAAACAGAACGCUGAACUGGAGAAGCGCUCCUUCUGUAGUGUCAUGGUGGAUGAGUUGCGUGGCUCCCUGAAGUGCCAGCGGCGCCUCAAACAGAAGCCCCAGCCGCCGGUCAUUGUCAAGACCGAGGAGGUCAUCAACAUGCACACGUUGAACGACAGGAGACUGCCGGGCAAGGAGACCAUGGCGUGAUGGGGGUCAAAAGGUCAAGAGAAGGUCAAAAACACCCGUCAAGGUCAAAUACACAGCCAGAGGAUCUGGAGGGGUUGAAUGAAUGUUUACGCAAUGUUAACGUAACCCGAAACUAUAUUGCAUUUGCCCCCAGCUUUGGUAGUAUGGUAGAGAUGUUUCCUGUGGAAAUGUAGACUGUCACCUCACUGUGACCGACGCUUUGUGAAAGAGACUUUUUGGAGGAUUGUGGGGACAAGUUAAAGGAUUGUGAGAUGGAUCUCAAUGGGGAUUGAAAGGGAAGAACUCAAAAUGCAGGUCUGUUGAGACUGUAUUCACAGUCAGUGACUUGACACACACACACAGAAACACACCUGUUCAGAGCAUCACACUACACUUUGAGACCAUAACAUCCCAAGAAAUGAGUUGUUGUUUUUCUGUUGAUGUCAUUAACAAUAUUGUCAAAUCUGUGUGUGUGUGUGUGUGUGUGUCCAGUCGAUCAAAAUGGAUCUCACUACAGGUGAUUAUGAUACGGAAUGUUACAAAGUGCCAAAUGUUGAAUAAGAACUGUAUAAAGAAAAUAGAAAGGAUAGCCAGUUUCUAAAAUAUGUAUUUAUUUCAUUUUAAAUCAUUGAUGUUGAUUGAUCUCCCUAAUACUCAUUGUUUAUCUUCUGUAAUGCCUUUAUUGUGACAAAGUUCAGCCAUCAUAAAGAACUGAUAUAUUACUUUCAAUGCCUCCACCAACAUGCUGUACAGUGUCAAAAAUAACAUUACAGUCUGCCAUUUGGAGUCAAUAUCCACUGUUUAAAGGCAGGAUUUCUACAAACAAAAAAAGGUUCUUUUUGUAUGCAGACAAAGUUUUGUAGUACUUUCUAUCAGAGUAGCAUUCUCUGUGGACUUCACAUAGUGUAUGUAGCAGGUGCCAACUUGGGUGCCAACUUGGGUGCCAACUUGGGGUGUCAACUCCUAAUUCUGACUACUGCUGAUUCAGGGCCCUCCCCCGGUCUGGGGCCUCCUCACUGUGCCGUGUAGGGCCCUUCUCUCCUCCUCUGGGAGGGCCACACUGUCUGCUCUAUGGGGCCGUUCUACAGCUGCCUCCCCAUCUCCCUACUAAACCUAGCUUACAUAGCUACACAGUGGUUGUCUCAAUAAUUGGAACUCCUUUUCUCUAUGACCACUGAUCUGGUAGGACUUGACAGGUGGAAGCAAUAUGGUAAAAACCUAUCCAGUCUUUUAUUCUAUCAAUGGUCAUGAAGGAUGGAGGGUGUGCUAGUUCAGAGUAGGAUGAAGUUGCCCCUAGAUGCUGAUAGUGGGUCACUUUUGCAUUUUCCCACUAAUGGUUAAAGAGCGGCUGAACUCACCGAUUCCAUAUGUUUCUCUGCUGCUAAUUAAGAAAAAUGAGAUUUGAGUCUUGGGGUUGUUGUUCAAUGUGGGUGUGUUAUGUUCACUUUAUCGUACCCUUGCAGUUACUGUUGUUUGUCCCUCUUGAGUCACGGUAGCAACAGUAUAGCCACUAGCACUUCCUCAAAAUAGUCAGAAUUCAUCUAAGAUAAAUCAAGAAAUGUGUAAUGAAUUUUGACGUUUUUGCCAAGGAUUUUUUUUGUAUUUUUUUUUUUACAUCUUGCUAAGGUGUUUGGUGCAAUAUUUCAAAAGUUAAAAGAUGUGCAUGAAAAAGUCAGUGGACUGCAGACAGUAUUGAGACAGCUGCUGCUGGCUGCGCGCAGGACUGAUUUCUGAGAACAUGUCUACAACUUCAUCAUCAGCAAGCUGUCGAGCUAUCGUAAAUAAAGCACAAGCUGCUACACAGUGUUUAUCAGUGCCCAAAAUCACUAGCUAGAUAAGUUCCAUCUCUGUGUAUGUCAAUGAAGCUCGUUAGUAGUAGCAAGCAGGCACAUAGAGCCGGCAGGCCACGUUAGCUAAAUCAGCUUAUCAAGCCGCUGGAGAGUGGUGACGUGACGUGCUUCGGUGCCGUUUCGUUUUUUACAACUUUCUCACUAUCUAUUACCACAGUGUGGGUCUGGCAGUCUGUUUAUCUGGCAGUGUUUCAUAGGGAAUCACGUUACAAAACAGGUCGGGGCUGGACACAAGACGCUCGAGAAUGGGUUUUAAUAUUGACAAGUGGCAGUUGAGAUGCAAGUGCGCAUCAUCUCAAUUUAUUUUUCCCCAAAACACUUGCAGACACUAUGAAACACAUCAGAAAACAGCCACUCUUUAAAGGGCUUUGGGGCCAAGUGUUCUUUCAACAUAACAUUGCUGAUGUCUUGUCUUAUGUGAACGAGUCCGAGUCCGAGUCCGAGGCGCUGCAUAAUGGACAGAGUUGUCUCACUGUCUGGAGGUUCACUGCUAUGAUUGGAUAGAGUGCAAUCAGCGCAGCUGAUUCUCCGUGCAUUCUCCCUAGGUGUUACCAUCCCGUGUUAGUGGGAAAGUGGGCAUGUAAUCCAAACCAAACGCUCAUGUAAUUUGUGACAACCUCAGUUACACAAAUCUCACAAAAUUCAGUUUUGGAAUAUACUGACCCAAAUUAUUCUACUUACACUUUUUAAUCAAGUGGCACUGGAAUAAAUGUUUCUGAAUAAUAUGGAUGCCGCACAGAGAAGUCGUUUGUUGCGUUCAGUUGCCCUUUGAGGUUAGGAUUGGGGGAGGGGAAGCUGAUCCUGAUCUGGGGGAAACCCCGGAGCGUCUCAUUCCUUAAUAAAUGGUCCAUCCCCAGAAUAGAAAAUGCAAAAUACAAAGGUUGAUGUUUCUGAAAAUAUUUGUGCUGUACAUGAAUGAAUGAAAGUAGAAUUUAUGAGUAAUUUCAAGAAACCAUUUAGGAACAAUAGAGGGGUUCCAUGCGUUGUUUUUGUUCUACCAGUAUUGCUUGUCAUUUUCUACCUGCUAGAUUCAGUGGUACAACGUGUAAUGGUUGAAUAAUAAUUUGGAAGAUUUAUCAGAAAAUAUCCAAUUGUAUUGUCCCCCAAAAAAUGAGGUAAUAGAAUUUAUUUGACAUUGAUGCAAGGUUUUACAACAAAAUAUAUAAUAAAAAAAACUCAUAACUA